GGCAGAAUGUGAACAGGACUUUUAUUUUGGUCAGAAGUUGUGACAUCAUAAGGCUGCGCCGCGCUCCUGCCUCUGUUGUUGUCUAUUUGGCUGAAGAAAGAAACACUCCUGAUGAAGUGACUGAGAUCCACGUGACACUAUUAUAAAGAUGGCAUUUAUUAAAGAGGAGAAUGAAGACAUAAAAGUGGUGUUUAUUAAAGAGGAGAAUGAAGAUAUAAAUAUGGUGUUUAUUAAAGAAGAAACUGAAGAACAAACAAAGAUGGCGUUUAUUAAAGAGGAGAUUGAAGACAUGAAGAUUGAAGAAACAUUCAGAGUGAAACAAGAAGAAACUGAGGAACAAACAGACCUGAUGGCACUGAAAGAAGAGAGUCAAGAACUGAAUGAAAUGGAAGAGAAAGAUCAUGAUUUCAUUACGGGAGAAAAAUCCACACAGACUAAAAAGAAUUCCUCACAAAAAAGAGCUCAGAAAAUCAUAUCUGACAGUUGUUUUACCUGCCAACAGUGUGGACGCAGCUUUGCUCAAAAACAAAACCUUAAAGUCCACAUGAGGGUUCACACUGGAGAUAAACCUAUCACCUGCCAACAGUGUGGACAGAGUUUUACACGUAAAGGAAACCUUUAUGUCCACAUGAGAAACCACACUGGAGAGAAGCCUUUCACCUGCCAACAGUGUGGAAAGAGUUUUGCACGUAAAGGAAACCUUAAUGCCCACAUGAGAGUUCACACUGGAGAGAAGCCUUGCACCUGCAAACUGUGUGGGAAGAGCUUCUCACGAAAAGAAUGUCUUACGACUCACAUGAGAAUUCACACUGGAGAGAAGCCGUUUCUAUGUGGUCAGUGUGGAAAGAGUUUCAGAUGUAAAGAAAACCUUAAUCAGCACACGAGGAUUCACUCGAAAGAAAAACGUUUUGUGUGUCAUCAUUGUGGAAGGAGUUUCAGAAACGGCCAUCACCUUAAGAAUCAUGUAAUAACUCACACUGUAGAGAAGCCUUUCGCCUGCCAUCACUGUGGAAAGAGUUUCAAACAUAAAGGAAACCUUAACAUUCACAUAAAGCUUCACACUGGAGAGAAGCCUUUCACGUGUCCUCAGUGUGAGAAGAGUUUCAUGUAUCGAAGAGACCUGAAACGUCAUUUGCAAACUCAUUUUGGAAUGCAACUGUAGUGUUCUGUAUGUAGUAAAAUGUUUACAAAAAACAGCAGUUUCAGAAAUUACUUGCAUAUUCACUAUGGGCAAUGGCCAUUUAGUUUUGAUAAAUUUAUAUAUAAAAUAACACACUCAACAGACACCUGAAAAGUCACACAGUUGUGAGACCCUUGAAUUUACUACUGUAUGUUUUUGGUAAUGUUUGAAUAGUGUAACAAGAGUAACUUUGUAGGCAUUUCCAAUGUAUUUGUCAUUACAGGUUAUUAAAAUAUAUAAAUAUAUAUUAAAAAUACCAUCAUUUAGUGCAAAAGUUUAAUUGUAAUGGACAUAUUGCACGUUUUUGGAAUUAAUGAAUCUGUGGCCGAUCAUUCAUGUCUAGCAUAGAAGUAACAACUUAACAUGGGCAUCAAUUAAACCAUAACACCAACUUUUUUACUGCCAGAAGACAGACUCGUUUGCUUCCGGGACAAAUACUACACUGACCAAUCAAUCAUCCUUAUUGCACAAUGACUGAACAACAAUGGAGAAGGUAAUAUUGCUGGUUGCUGCAUUUUUAUAUUCAGUAAUAUUCUUCAAAAGGAGAUACUUGUAUCAUGUUGCUGCCAUGUAGAUAUUCUAAAAUACAUCAACCAAAAGCAUCUUAGCUGGACAAAUGCUGCACCUCCAAAGCUAAAUUUUAAUGAAUGAGGCCCAAUAACUUCACUAUAAGAUGGAAGAUUGUGUACAGACAUUUUUCAUUGAUACGUUUGUCUUUCUAUUGACAGAAUAAAGGUAUGCUUUGUAUUAAGAGAUAUAAACCUGUACAUCGCUCUUUCUGUCUUGUUUUUACAGCAAAUCUCAUCAUCUGCACUUUGUUCGUUUUAUAGUGACCUUUUACCAGUUUGGUGAACUGUUGCAUUGCCAUUUUGAGCAAAAUCAGGCAAAAUGAACUUUGUUUGGAAAUUUGUUUCGGGAGUUCAAAACAGCUUGGUGAUUACAUAAUAGGUAGGCGUGCAUGGAGGCUCCGCCUUCUUUCACGCUGAAAUCUUUUCCAGUUCAUUUCUUCUCAUGAGUCCGUUGAGGUCAGACAUCCGUGAGUAAAGAUAAGAACACCCUAGAGAUGAAACUACUUCUGAUGAAACGAGACACUGUUUUUCACGUGUAAGAUGGUAAAGCUGCUUGAUUGUAAGCAAUCUAUUGUAUUAAGUGCUAUAUAAAUAAAUGUGACGUGACUUUACUGAAGUGCCAAAUUACAGAGCUUUUGCAAACAUAUCCACGGUGCUAUGAUGAGAUUAAAAAUGCUUUAUUAAAAAAAAA